AGCGAAAAAGAGAUCACUGAGGAUGCCUGUAACAGAUUGGUUAAUCCCACAACGAACAGUACCAACACCACCACCGACGGGAACUUGCUGGUUCCUUACCCGACACCGUCCGGCCACAUUUGCGCAGCUUCCCGUUGCGAUCCCUUGCUUCUCUGGUUUCGCCCUUUUUAUCCUGUUCCCUCUGGUUGCUUUUCCGCUUUUCACUCCCAUCCUUGACCCACCGUUAAUUUGCGCAGGGCAGGUCAGUUAAUCACUUCCUUUUUGCAAGCAUCCCCUCUCAUCACCACUCUCGCCGGCAUCUCCUUUCUGUCUGGCACUCUGCCUUCUAGAACUAGUUCUAGUCGAUAUCCGAAGGCAUAUCCAGGUCAAUCGAGAGCGGUUCGCUCCAUCUUUUCCAGUUGGUACAGGCUUCCUUCCCAGUAGGAAAUAGUACACCGUGCUCGUACACCGAAUUGGUCAUCCCCAUAUUAUUCAAUCGAGUUAUCCUCACUUCGCAUUCACCUUUGCCUCAAAGGAUCCCAGGCAGAUCCAAAGACUCCAUAAACAAAAGCCAGUCCACCUGCAUGUCGCCGGUCAUCAAUCACCCGCUGAAUCAGAAAUUACCACAGCCCGAUGCUGCCUUGUUUUUGAACCAGGCUAGGCUAUCUCUCCAAGGCUGUCUUCGUCAUGAGCAACUACAACCCCCUGAUCUCCAAUGGCACAUGCUAUUUCUCGGCGGACAAGAGGUCAGACCAGAGCUUUAUUCCAUGCGGCAAUGAUGCGCUGGGAAGGGUAACCUGCUGUGGAGUGGGUGACAAUUGCCUCGGAAAUCGAGCCUGCUUCAAUGGCGCCUUCGGCUUAACCUACCUCGCUGGCUGCACUGACCCUGAGUACAAGGACGAUAGCUGCCCGGACAAGGGUAACCUUGAUGAAUCACCAUGGACAGGGCUUGUGUACUGCAACGGCACUUCAAACCAGUGGAUGGCAUGCGAGCAGAGCAAUAAGCCCUCUACUCUCAGGAAAGGCGACUUUUGCUUCUGCCCUCGCGAAACCGAGUCUCGGAGGGUUGUCUUCUCUGCACCCUCCACCCUCGUCAACGUCGCGUCCCUGCCUCCAAAGAUCAGCAGCUCUAUCCGGUUCGAGAACGGCUUCGUCCCGACCCAGCCGCCAGGCCAGACCACAGUGACCCUGCUCCCACCCACCGGCACCGGCCCCGCCAACAACAGCCCGCAAGAGACGAAUCCCGCCGAUAGUCAAGGGGAGCCCCCAAGUGGCGAUGGAGGCGCCGGCGGCCUCUCUACGGGUGCGAAGGCUGGCAUCGGUGCCGGUGUUGGUGCAGUAGCCCUCAUGGCCCUAGCCGCUUUGGUCUUGAUCUUCAUGCGCCGCCGGAAGCAGCAAGCCGCAGCAACUCCCAACGAGAAACACCCCGACAACGGCAUAUUCGCAUCGUCUGCACCGCAUCACGGCGACGACGAUGACCACUUCGCCUCCGGCUUCGGCGCUAAGACCGUCGGGCCCAACAAUCACCUCUCGGUUGCGAGUAGCAGCCACGGCACCCCUAGCAUGAUGACGGGCGUCGCCACCCCCAAUACCCCGGCUGUAUCGGAGCUAGACUCGCACGCCGCGCGGCCUUGGAGCAUGAGAAGCGAGCUUCCGGGAAGCGACAACGUUGCUGGUGGCUGGGAGUCGCAACAGAAAAACGCGGCCAACACCCAGCCCGUUACGCCUGUGACCCCCGAACACCCGCCGCCGGCAGCGUCUCACUACCCAGGCUUCCGACCCUACCGACCUCCUGGAGAUCCCCUUGCAGCGAACGGACCUGUAUCCCCGGUUCCAGGUUCACUGGUUCCCGGUGGUGGAGUCAACAUGUACCAGCAGCAAGGAGCAAACCCGCAACAACAAUCAUCCAGGCCGGGUGCGCUGAGCCCGGUGCACGAGCUGCCCUGAUUUUGUCUCGUUUUCUUUGUGGAUGGACUGCCUGGAGUAUCCCCCAGGAGGAAUAACUAGCACGGGGAGGAUAUGGGCUGAAAAUAUAUAAUCGGCGUUCUCUUGGCUGGGCGUGCAAAUCGGGACAGUAAAAUGCGUCCCUUGUUUUGUUUUCAUAAAUACCCACAGCUGCGUUCUACUUCGAGCAUAUUAGGCCUUUACGCAUUUGCACAUACACUUACUUUAUUGUCUCUGUUUUCCUAUGUUGAUGUUUUUUU